AUGUCCAAGGUGCAUGUGUUUGUCGUUGUACUCCUCUACACCAUCGUAUCCGUUGUCAGAGGAGCAUUAGAUUUAAGACAACUGUUUGGAUCGCUGCCAGAAGAUGCGUUGGGUAGGUUUUUAGAUUCGAACACAGUGCCAACGCCACGUACGACUGGGUUUGAAGCAUUAGUGCCAAAGAGAGACAUACGGCUGCACUGCACGAAAACAUCGGAACCUCGGUUUCAAGAAGUGUUUCAUGGUGAUUUAAACGCGAAGGCCAAGAUCAACUAUGCACUACCGAUAACCAUUGCUAUCCAUGGCUGGCAGAGUGGUAGUAAUUCUACUCUGUUUAACGUGCUUACCGCUCGUUACUUACGCUACGUGAAGAACACCAACUACUGUCUGCUCGACUGGAGACCGUAUGGCGAAUUCGCGUACCAAAUUGCAGCCCGUCAGAGUGCACCCUUGGUGGCCAAUUAUCUGUUCAACCUUCUGCAAAGCAUCGGCAUACUGUACUAUCCACUGGGGAAAGUGUCCAUGAUUGGGUUUAGCAUGGGUGGCCAAAUAGCCGGUUUGACAGGUAAGCUGUUUCGGGGACAGAUCGGAACUAUCUACGCACUGGAUCCGGCUGGACCACUGUUCUCUUUUCCGAAUGAUAUCGGACGGGAUCGUCGGCUGGAUAGGUCCGAUGCAAAGUAUGUACAGGUGAUCUUCACGACGCGCUAUACCGCGGGCGUUGGACAGCUCGUUGGCACACAAAACUUCCUACCGAAUGAGGGAUACUAUCCGCAAUCACCGUGCAAACCUAGCAGCGACGAUUUGCUUGAAGUAAGUAGGGCGCUGAGCUGUAGCCAUCAAUAUGCCGUUGAGCUGUUCAUGAACGCGUUGGACCCAGCCAAUCCCAUCGUGGGACAGAUGUGUAUUCAAUUACUUGGAGCAAGGGUAUGCUUAUUUCAGCCAAAGGACCGAUUGGGUAUUUACUCACAAAGAAAACCUGGCGAUUUUUACUUGUAA